UUCAUCUGCUUCUAGCAAUUCUCCGAUUCUCAGCUAUACCACCUCCGCCUCACAUCAUCUACGGGGUGCUCAGCAAUCUCCAAUACUUUCCUCUCCAACCGCUCGUUCGAUACUGUUGAUUACCUAACUGGCAGCUUCCACGCAAGCGCGCGCUCAUCCUCGCGAAUCGUCCUCCUCGUGUGUAAAUAUCCUCCAGCGAGCCAGAAGCUGCGGGUCGGUACCGUUUCGGUUUCAUUCAUCUCGCGAGUAGUGUCAUGGCAACCAGGACGGAGGUACAUCCUUCGUGUGUGGUUCGCGUUUUUUGUGUGGUGCCACCACGACAUUCGGACACACAGUUUCAAUCUGGACUGGAGUGACAAAGAGUCUGUACGUGGGUUUGCAUGUGCUGUUGAACUUGAAGAUUAGUCAUUCAUCAGUUGUCGGAGGAUUUAGGACCUUGAGCACGUUCGUCGGCUGGUUGGUUGGGUGGUGAUUUUGAAGAGUACUUUUUUCUGUGCAGUGAUUUGUGCAAUCGGACGAUGAUAUCGGAAUAGCCUUGAUGGAGUGUUGGAGCGGUUUUUGAUGACAGGAUUUUUUCCUCUUUGGAGUGAGUGUAGCUGCCAUAAACCAAAGGAAAAAAACAUGCUAUAACAAAGAGCGAAUACACAAACUCUACGUUGCACGGGGAUGUCGCGUGACGCCACUACAAGAUUGGCAACAUGUUGCAUGAUAAGCUUUGCAGUUGCAUGUAUCGUGCUGAUCCCCUCUACGACUCAGUCCGUAGCAGGCAAAAAUCACCGCAUCGAUAGGCGCAGUGUAUUUCAAUUCAAACACAAUGCCAGCGAACGUCAGCUCAGGAUGGGUGCGGAAAAACCCUCCAUAGUCAACGAUGAACGGGAUGCCCCAAGAACUAGACCACAACUUCGUACAUCGAAGAACUACAAUGUUGCGUUUGAUCCCUCGAAGUACGUGUGUGGGGAUCCCCUAGUGGCCGAAUGUGUUAACAAAACACACAUUUUCAAGGCCAGAGUUCUUUCGGAGUUUAGGAGGAUUCUUAAGGAUUCAUUUGAAGAUAACAAUUACUAUCGUGUUAACUACAACAAACCGAUUUUCAACGGUGAAAGCGAAUUAUGCCGUUUGAAACGUGCGGACGUGAAAACUCUUUCGUGGCGUGAUCCGCCGUUCAAUUGGAACGAACUGGGAAGCUAUUUCCCGCUAAAUCCGCUGUUCAAAGAGCGAAAUGCAUCAUGCGCGGUGAUCGCGAGCGCCGGGUCACUGAAAGGAUCACGAUUGGGAGGAUUCAUCGAUGACCACGAUAUCGUGAUGCGAUUCAAUCAUGCACCGACAAAAGGUUUCGAGAAUGAUGUCGGCUCGAAGACAACCGUGCGGGUGGUAAACUCUCAGGUGGUCACCAAAGCAGAAUUCAAGCUACUUACUGCCAAGCUCUUUAGGCACGUUUCGAUUGCAGCCUGGGAUCCGGGAAAGUUCGACCAAAGUCUGGAUGAUUGGAUAAAAAAUCCAGAUUUCAACUUGUUUGAAAACUUUAAAAAAUAUCGCGAGAAGUAUCCAGGAUCCAACUUUCAUUUGGUAGAUCCACGAAGUAUUUGGCGAGCAUGGACGGCAUUGCAGGACAAAACCCACACGAAGAUCAUGCAAAAUCCUCCAACAUCAGGGUUCAUUGGACUUGGACUGCUCCUCCCAGCAUGUCGUUAUAUCGACAUGGUUGAGUACAUUCCUAGUAGUCGAAUGAACGGACUGUGCCACUACUAUGACUCAGAGAUUAACUCUGCUUGCACAUUUGGUUCGUGGCAUCCGCUGGCAGCCGAGAAACUCUACGUUCUUAGCAUGAACACAGCUGAUGAAUUUACAACCUACCAGCGAGGCGUAGUGCGCAUCAGUCUGGGAAGCAGCCAUGACGGGUGUUAAAAGGAGAGCCUAGUUGUGAACAAGUUAAAUGUAAUAAAAGCUGUAGGUGCGAUGCAAGAUGAA